GCACAGGCUGGGAGCCGGGAAGGGGGCGCGCAGCGGCGGCGAUUCUUAUUGCCCGCAACUGUCAGUGCCGCUCCCGCGGGAGGGGUCUUGCGUCGGCAGCUGUAGUAGCUCCUAGGGCGGCCGGCGGGUGGGGAGGCCGCCGGGGUUGGUGGUGCCGCUCCGCUCCCCCUGAUAUCCCCUCCGGUUCCUUCCCGGGGUGAGCGGCCCCGGCCGCCUCGCCAAGCCCUGCGCGCAUCGCCGCAGCCUGCAGCACCCGAGCGAAUGUAUGACAAUAUGUCCACAAUGGUGUAUCUAAAGGAAGAGAAGUUGGAGAAGCUUACUCAAGAUGAAAUAAUUUCUAAAACUAAGCAGGUGAUUCAGGGACUAGAGGCACUGAAGAAUGAACACAAUUCCAUAUUGCAGAGCUUACUUGAGACACUGAAAUGUUUGAAGAAAGAUGAUGAAACUAAUCUGGUGGAAGAAAAAUCAAACAUGAUUCGAAAGUCGCUGGAAAUGUUGGAACUUGGACUUAGUGAAGCACAGGUAAUGAUGGCCUUGUCAAAUCACUUAAAUGCAGUGGAAUCAGAAAAGCAGAAAUUGCGUGCUCAGGUUCGCCGGCUAUGCCAGGAAAAUCAGUGGUUGCGUGAUGAACUAGCCAGUACUCAACAGAAAUUACAGAAGAGUGAACAGUCUGUGGCUCAGCUGGAAGAAGAAAAGAAACACUUGGAAUUCAUGAAUCAGUUAAAAAAAUAUGAUGAUGAUAUUUCUCCAUCAGAAGACAAAGACACAGAUUCUACCAAAGAACCUCUGGAUGACCUUUUCCCCAAUGAUGAAGAUGACCCAGGGCAAGGAAUCCAACAGCAGCAUAGCAGUGCAGCAGCGGCUGCACAACAAGGGGGCUAUGAAAUUCCAGCAAGAUUAAGGACUCUUCAUAAUCUGGUUAUCCAGUAUGCUUCCCAAGGUAGAUAUGAGGUUGCUGUACCCCUGUGUAAACAAGCACUUGAAGAUCUGGAGAAGACUUCGGGUCAUGAUCAUCCUGAUGUUGCCACUAUGCUAAACAUACUUGCUUUGGUGUACAGGGACCAGAACAAAUACAAAGAUGCAGCAAACCUCUUGAAUGAUGCCUUGGCUAUUCGUGAAAAGACUUUGGGCAAAGAUCAUCCAGCGGUGGCAGCUACUCUAAACAAUCUUGCAGUGCUUUAUGGUAAACGAGGAAAGUACAAGGAGGCAGAACCUUUGUGUAAGAGAGCUUUGGAGAUCAGAGAAAAGGUCCUGGGGAAGGAUCACCCAGAUGUUGCCAAACAGUUAAAUAACCUGGCCUUACUGUGUCAGAAUCAGGGUAAAUAUGAAGAGGUGGAGUACUACUAUCAAAGGGCACUUGAGAUCUACCAAACUAAACUAGGACUGGAUGACCCAAAUGUAGCAAAAACAAAGAAUAAUCUGGCAUCCUGCUAUCUGAAACAGGGAAAAUUUAAGCAAGCAGAAACUUUAUACAAAGAGAUUCUUACUCGUGCACAUGAAAAGGAAUUUGGCUCUGUAGAUGAUGAAAAUAAACCCAUCUGGAUGCAUGCUGAGGAGAGAGAAGAAUGCAAAGGAAAGCAAAAAGAUGGCUCGUCCUUUGGAGAGUAUGGUGGUUGGUACAAAGCUUGCAAAGUUGAUAGUCCAACAGUAACAACUACCUUAAAGAAUCUUGGAGCACUUUACAAACGUCAAGGCAAGUUUGAAGCUGCUGAAACAUUAGAAGAGGCAGCAGUGAGAUCUCGUAAGCAGGGUCUUGACAAUGUUCACAAACAGAGAGUUGCUGAAGUGCUAAAUGACCCCGAGAGCAUAGAAAAAAGGCGAAGCCGAGAAAGCCUCAAUGUAGAUGUGGUAAAGUACGAAAGUGGCCCUGAUGGAGGCGAGGAAGUGAGUAUGAGCGUAGAAUGGAAUGGGGAUGGCACUGGAUCUUUAAAACGCAGUGGUUCCUUUAGCAAGCUCCGUGCUUCAAUUAGACGCAGCAGUGAGAAGCUGGUUAGAAAGCUGAAGGGAGGAAGUUCACGAGACAGUGAACCAAAGAACCCUGGCAUGAAGCGUGCCAGUUCUCUGAAUGUUCUUAACAUGGGUGGCAAGGCUACUGAAGAUCACUUUCAAGAACGAAAUAAUUGUCUGACAGACUCAAGGGCUCUGAGUGCCAGUCACACUGAUUUGGCACAUUGAAGUUCUUGGAGAGAAACUAGCUAAAAUUCCUUUGUGAAUAAAGAAGCACUGAGACUCUCAAAGCUUUGGUUCCUUAUCACUCUCUAUAGGAACAUCUAAUUUGUAGACUCUUUUGCAAUGGACUGCUGUUUUUACUUUUCUAAAAUAGUAGUGACAUUUUUAAACAUAGUAUUAGUGGAUAUUUUCUUCUGAAGAGAAACUAUAUAGAUAUAUAUUGCUCAUUGCACUGCUGUCAUUCAUGCUACUUAUGUUGAUUUCUGUUAAGAGAUCUGAAUAUCACAGCAGCUGAAAACUGAAAAAAUAGAAAUACCUAUAAAACAUACCAAAAUGCUAAGGA